CACAGCGCCCGAAGCUAGAAUUCCUUGGGUAGUCAGGCUUGCAAUUAGCGGAACUUGUUGGUGUUGCCCUGAAGACUCAUACGAGCUCCGCGCGGCUAGUUGCUAAGCAUAAGAAUCUUUGGUCAACUGCCACCUGAGUCAAAGCAACAGGAAGUGAGUACCCCUAUGCCGGAAGCUGAUUGAAAUCUCCUUUCUCCUCCCCGACUAAGUCAGUUUCUUACUCUAAAUUGCCCUGUGCUGGGGCAGGAAAAGGAAGAUUAGCCCGCCCUGCAUCAUGCCUCAUAUUGACAAUGACGUGAAACUAGACUUCAAGGAUGUCCUGUUGAGGCCCAAACGCAGCACCCUUAAGUCUCGAAGUGAGGUAGAUCUCACAAGGUCCUUCUCAUUCCGGAACUCAAAACAGAUAUACAAUGGCAUUCCCAUUAUCGCUGCCAAUAUGGAUACCGUGGGGACUUUUGAAAUGGCUAAGGUUCUCUGUAAGUUCUCCCUUUUCACUGCCGUCCAUAAGCACUACAGCAUCCAUCAGUGGCAAGAGUUUGCUAGCCAGAAUCCUGACUGUCUUGAGCAUCUAGCUGUCAGCUCUGGCACAGGCUCUACUGACUUUGAACAGCUCGCACAGAUCCUGGAUGCCAUUCCCCAAGUAAAAUAUAUAUGCUUGGAUGUGGCUAAUGGCUACUCUGAACAUUUUGUUGAAUUUGUAAAGGAUGUACGGAAGCGCUUCCCCCAACACACCAUCAUGGCAGGAAAUGUGGUAACAGGAGAGAUGGUAGAAGAGCUAAUCCUCUCUGGGGCUGACAUCAUCAAAGUGGGAAUUGGUCCUGGCUCUGUUUGUACAACUCGGAAGAAAACUGGAGUGGGGUAUCCACAGCUCAGUGCAGUGAUGGAGUGUGCAGAUGCUGCUCAUGGCCUCAAAGGCCAUAUCAUUUCAGAUGGAGGCUGCAGCUGUCCUGGGGAUGUGGCAAAGGCUUUUGGGGCUGGAGCUGACUUUGUGAUGCUGGGUGGCAUGCUGGCUGGACACAGUGAAUCAGGUGGCGAACUCAUUGAGAGGGAUGGCAAGAAGUACAAGCUCUUCUAUGGAAUGAGUUCUGAAAUGGCCAUGAAGAAAUAUUCAGGAGGCGUGGCUGAGUACAGGGCCUCAGAGGGAAAGACAGUAGAAGUUCCCUUUAAAGGGGAUGUGGAACAUACUAUUCGUGAUAUCCUCGGAGGCAUCCGGUCUACAUGCACAUAUGUAGGGGCUGCUAAGCUGAAGGAAUUAAGUCGGAGAACUACCUUUAUUCGAGUCACCCAGCAAGUGAAUCCAAUCUUCAGCGAUUCCCGAUAAACCUGAGAAGUCUACUUUCCCAAGGCAGCAACUCUACCACGGGGCCUUCCAAAGGGGCUUCUCACCCAUCCCAGCUACUGUGGCCGUGUGUUAUUCAAUUCAGUUCCUAUCAUCUCACUCCUGAGUGCUCCUGUAGUCACUUAUGCUUUCUGCACAUACGAAAUGCUAAGGGCACUCACUGGGGAAGAGGCAAGGAAGACGACGACGUGAGAUCAACAAAUGGGAAUCUGGGGACAGCAUUCUGAAGAUUAGGAGGAAAAGAUGCUGAAUGAUACAUAAAUGACAGGCCUUGGUCUGGAAAAAGAAGGCUUUUGGAAUCAUGUUAAUCAGCCUCAUUAAAUGAGAUCAUCAAAUAAUUAAA